CUAGAUCCCAUUCGUGUCUCUCUUUUUUUCUUUUUUUUUUUCUUUUCUUAAUUCUAACAAUAGCAAUGCAAGACAUACAGAUGAACUUGGACUCUAGUCAUCAUGGAACUAUUGUAGCUGAGGUACUGGCUUUACUAAUAUCUAUUACCGAUAUUGAUACAUUACGCAACAGCGACAUGAAAGCACGACUCGAUAGUUUGACAUAUGAAGAACUAUCCUCUUCCUCAACAGAAACACACCAAGUUCACAGCAAUCAACAGUCAAUGGGUAUAUCUACCAGUGAUGAUCCCUUAACUAUACUUGAUCCUACGAUCCAUAGUUUGGGUUACAUGUAUUUCAUUACUGCACGAUGUCUCAAAGCAACGGAUCAACAAACGACUUUAUACUUGUACAACACUCUGAAUCAGUUUGCGAAUGUAGCAGAUUUGGAACAAUUGAAAUUGGCUGGUCCAUCAAUGGAACGUAUUGUCAUGGCCUUGGAUCAUGUAGCCAAGAUUCAAAAUAAUGAAUUACUGCCUUUGGUGCCACUUUAUAUCUUGAUUACUCGAUUAUCAUCGUCUGAUACCACGGCUAACCUCAAUUUAUCUAAUGGCAUCUUGACCAUUUUCCAUCCAGCGUUAGCCAAACAAUGUAUCCUAUCCAAAAUGUAUAGAUACCCUUUAUCCAUAUUGAACCAUGAUAUUGUAAAUGUAGAUCCAGAGACAUACGGAACGACCAUUCAACAUUAUCUUUCCUAUCAUUAUUAUGGAGGCAUUCUUUAUAUUGGCAACAAAGAAUUUGAAAAAGCAUUUGAUUUCUUCUCUUUGGUGGUAUCAGCUCCUACUCAAAAAGCCGUUAGUGCCAUUCAAUUGGAAGCAUACAAACGAUAUAUCUUGGUAUCUUUAAUCCGUUAUGGACAAGUUUGUACGUUACCUCGAUAUGCAUCCAAUGCAAUUGAAAAAAUCAUCCGGAAACGACAUGCCCCUUAUUUGAAUUUGAUGAAUGCAUUUGAUGAUAUCAAGAAACUUAUCUCUGUUAUUCAAAAACAUCAUCAAGUGUUUGAUUUGGAUGGUUUAUUGGGAUUGACAAAACAACUCAUUCAAGCCAGUUAUAGGCAAAAAAUCAAAAUGCUUACCAAGGUUUAUGUCAAAGUUAAAUUGGAUGAUAUCUAUGCUCAGCUCUCCGGCGAUACUCCUCCUUCUCCUUCUACAUCCUCUUAUUUACUUUCCAAAUAUCAAGUCGAAACACUCCUGGUGGAUAUGAUUGGCAACAAUGAUAUUCAAGCUAGUAUAUCGAUUGUUUCUAUGGAUAAUGGUUCUCAAGUCAAGAUGGUUCAUUUUGAUGAAGAACAAGGAUCUGUACCUUUCUCUGAUCAACGUUUAGAACAAGCCAUCAUCAACAUUACACGUAUCAAUGAUCAACUAUCAAAAGUUGAUCAACGAGAAGGACUCAAUAAGGACUUUCAAAGCAAGUAUAUGGUGUUAAGCGCCAAUGGCGGUCAACUUGCCUCUUCCUCUUCUGCGUUUGAUGAAGAUAUGGAUGUUCCUCUGGAUGAAGAUACCAAAAGAUAUAUGUAGUGGCAGUCGUUUGUACUAUGAUUCCUUAGAUGUAGACCCCAUAGUUAGUCCUUCCAUACAUUUUACUUUUUUUUUUGGUAAUAAAGCUUUCUUUUUUUUCUUUGCGA